GAGGUUGGCUUUCCGCCGAGCUGCUCUGCGUUUGCUCAGUCGACUUCCGUCACGAUUCGCGUUCGGACGUGCGGUGAGCAGCCCAAACUACCCAACUGGCCAGAGAAAACCCACCCAUUUUACCAAGAAAACGAAAAACGAGAGCCGAAAACCCAGAACCGAAGACCGGGAAGAGAAGAAUUACCCAAAUACCAAGAUAUAUUUUUUCGUAUUUUGUUUAUGUUCCGGGUUCCGUUGUGUGUUUUGUUUUGAACCUUUUUUUUUGGUUGGUGUAAAUUUGCUGGCCCUUUUUUUUUUGUUUUGUUUGGCCGCAGUGGCGCGUAACGCUGGGUGUUCCAAAACGUCAACCCCCAAAGGCCGAGCGAGUAUUAUCUGGUCCUGGGGCAAGCAGGAUGCGCUCGAGUGCCCCUGCGCACCUGUUCGCCAACGACAAGUGCCACGGACAAUAUAAUAAUAUAAUACCUCCCGGGGUGGUGUGCGGUGUGCGGUGUGUGUGUGUGAAAUUCUGAGUGUGCCGUCUAAUUUAUGCAAAGCGAACGCAAUUUGAAAACGGAAAAGCGGAAAACUCAACUGGUGGAAACUGCCUGUUGGUGGGAACUGCCCCCAGGAACAGCUCCCACAUCUAUCUGGACGUAUCUUUGGGCGUAGCAAAGGUUUCGAUCAUGUUCCCCAGCCUGCGAUCAUGCUGAUUGUGGACAUGUUGACCCUGGCUUUGGCAAACGAGCCGAUAUGCGGUGGCAGGAUGCGAGCGGGUGGGGAUAGUGCAACGAUUGGCGGCGGCGGAGGCGGAGGACAGUCCUCGCUGGCGGCGGUGGUGGCCAACACGACUGGCGGUGGACUAGGCCAGAACGUGGGGCUUUCCGCCGGCCACUUGGCAUGCGAGGCACGCGGCUCACGCGGCAAUGUUGCUGCCGUGCCUGGCGAGGUGCGUCAGCAAUGCCACUCGGCGAUAGAUGGAUGGGAGGCGCGUGCGCGUGCUGAAUACACUGGCAACAACAAGGGCAGCGGCGGCAACAACAACACCAGGGGCAAUAAUAUCAGCAAUACUAGCUGCAACAGCAGCAACAAUAGCCUUUCCAGCUGCAACAAUAGCACCUACGGCAGCAACAAUAGCAGCACCAGCUCUAGCAACACUACCAGCAGCAACAACACCCACAACAGCAGCAACAACAGCAGCGGCAGCGGCAGUAGCAACAGCAACAUCGACAACUCUGGCGACAACACAGCAACGGAAGUGGCCACGAAAUGUGAGUACGCGCAACUCGAGCGUGAGAGGCAGAGCGUGAGCGCAGGCGCAUACCUGCAACCACCCAAUGUGACAAGCAGCAACAUCAACGGGAGCAGCAACAGCAGCAACAACAGCAGCAGCGCCUGCUCAAUACCUACAAUUGGCAGUGAGCUUUUCAAAGCCAACCUUGUGGCAGCAGCAGCAGCAGCAGCAGCAGUCGUCGCAGCUGAGCAGCAGAGGCAGCAGCUACUACAGCCAACCAGCAGCAAUCAGUCAACGAAUUCUGGCCCAAGCCCGUGCAAAUUGCUCGAUUGCAGUGAAAAAUCAGUGGAAAUCAAUUGCCCAAGCCCAAGUGGGCAGCCCAAACAGUUGGCAGGCAGCGAAAGACCAACGGAAAAGUCGCAAAUCGAAGCCAAAGCUGGCGACGACAGCAGCACCAGCAGCAGCAGCAGCAGCAGCAACACCAACGACGACGACGACGACGACGACAACAACGACAACGACAACUUCGACAACGACGACGCGCGACGUACAGAAAAAUUUGUGCAAAAAGCCAGGCAAAGCGCGUUGUCUGCUCGCGGGCUAGAUAAUUUUUUUAACGCCAGUGAAAAUGUGCAAAGUGCCAAGGUAAAAGCAGUACCAGCAACACUAGCAGUUGCAGCAGCAACAGCAGUAAGCCCAAGCUCGAAAAAGGAGCAGCAGCAGGGGGAGCAGCAGGAGGAGGCGGGGCAGGCGCCAUUGUCAUUGCCAUAUUCGCAGAACCCCUACCCAAACCCACACCCAAACCCAAACCCAGACCCAGAUCCCAGCCCAAACUCAUCCUUGACUGGAUGUGCUGUUGAUAAUGUCGCUGGCAUUGCUGCUGUCCGCCCACCACAAACCAGGCCUUUUGUUGUUGCUGGCGGUUACGUGGAUUACGUGAGAGGCAACGCAUCUGCAGCAGCAACAUGCAACAACCAGCCAGCAGCAGCAAGUGCAACAUUCGGGGAGAAGCUCAUCGAUUGUGAAUCCUUGGUGGGCCAUACAUCAGCAGCAACUGCGACAGCAACAGCAGCAGCAGCAGCAGCAGCAGCAGCAGCAACUGCAGUAGCAACAAGCUGCAACGAGCAGGAUCUCAUCGAUUUUGAGCACGAUUUGGGUGAGGAUUUUGUGGCCAGCCAGCGGUUGAAGCGAUUGCAGUACAAUUUUCAGGGACGCGUGGCCAGUAGUAGUAACAUUGAUUGUGUAAAGGCAUCCUUGAGACCACAACAACACGAGCAGCAGCAGCAGCAGCAGGAGCAACAAACAAUAAGCAUAACAAAGAAACUACCCCCAGAAGCAGGGCUCCGCCAACAACAACCCCAAGUGGAGGAAGAAACCCCCAGCCAAGCCCAAGUAGACUUCCGAACGCAAGACAAUAAGGCGAUUGCAGUCGUUACAGCGGCUCCAAGUGCAAUUCAAUUAAAUGUGAAUGGCAUUCGAGCCAUCGGCCAGUUGCCAGAGCCAAAUGAAAGCGAAACACCAGGCCCAAAGACCAGGCCCAGACAAACAGCUGAAAAUCGCCAGGAGCAGCAGCAGGAGCAAGAGCAACAUUUGCUGAAUACGCGCUGCGAGUGGUCGCCAGUGCGCAGGAUCCAAGGGGAGCAGCAAAAGCAGGAGAGGAGCGGCGACCAAGUGGUGAUUGAAAUCGAAACGGAUUGCGAGCAGGAGGCGGAGCAGGAGGAGGAGGAGGAGGAGCACCAGCAGCAGCAGCAUAAGCCUAGCCAGGUCUUGAGGCGCUCCGCCUUUGUGCCCGCACAGCCCAGUGGCAAGUCGUCGCUGGAGGCCGGCGAUUUUGGGCCCACGCUCAGCGAGUUCGAUGUCCAGCGGUUCGGCGAGUAUCUGAAGGCCGCCCGCCAGCUGCAGUGGCGCCACCUUAACCCCAACUCAAGCUCAAACCUCAACCCCAACCGGGUGGAGGCAAGCGGCACCAGUAGUUUCCAGUGCUACGACGAGUUGCUGGCCGAGUUUGUCAGCGAGCAACAGGAGUACGAGUACGUGUUCGACUACAAUAAUAGCAAUAGCGAUUCCAAUUCCGAGGAGGAGCAGGAGGAGCAGGAGGAGGAGGAUAGCCAAAGCGACAGCGAUAGCGACAGAGCCUGCCAGUGCCAUGAGUGCCUAGUUAGCCGGGAGCAGACCACGUCCACUUGCGCCACAGACAUCGCCGGAGCUCUUCUACACCAGCCUGGUCUGCUGACCCAUCCGUACUCUUUGGCACAGCCACUGGCACAUCCCACCCACCCGAUCGACGGCCAGAAGAUGCGCGAGGUCAACGGUCAGCUGCGCGGCCUGCUCAAGAAGCCGAACAGGCCGCCGCCGGCGCGCAAGAACCGCGUCGUCUUCGAUGAGACGCGCAACGAGUUCUUCGAGGCCGACUACAUCAUCCUGAUCCGCGAGGACUGCGCCUACGACGAGGAGGACGAGGAGCCCUGCACCUGCGGCGAGCACGAGCUGGUGCGGCUGUGCUGCGAGGAGGGCUGCCAGUGCAACUACGCCGUCAAUCCCGCCGAGGCGGGCGAGGGCAGGACGCCACAGAGUCCCAAAUACCAGCCGCCCAUUGAGUUUGUGGACGAUGCGGCACUCAGUCCGCCCGAUGGCUACAAGGACAGCAGUCUGAAGAACACGCUGGGCGGCGCCCUGAGCGGCCACAUCUUCGGGGCGCAGCACCUGCAGCAGUUGCAGGUCAUCCAGCGGCUGCAGCAGCAGCGCGCCGCCAUGCUGGCCGCCCGCAACACCACGGGCGGUCAGAUACCGCCCCCGCCCCCGCCCGUCGGCACUGCCCAGCAGCAGCAGCAGCAGCAACAACAGCAGCAGCAGCAGCAACAACAGCAGCAACAACAGCAGCAGCAACAGCAGCAGCAGCAACAGUCGCACCAGCAACCUCAUCAUGGAGCUGCACUGCAGCAGCAGCAGUCGGAGGAGGACCUCCAGGGCGUUUGCACCGAGUGUGCCGAGUGCGCCGAAUGUGCGGCCAAGCAGCUCCAGGAAGCAGAGUGCAGCUCUCCCCAGUGCCCCGAGGAGAUGACCCCGCUCGGAGUGCCCGCCGUGGCCAUUCUGCCGCUGCACACCAGUUCCCCGGAGCGCCGCAUCACCCAGAAGGAGAUCAUCGCCGGCGAGGAGCGGCCCAAGUAUGUGCUGCAGUCCCAGUACAAGCCGUCGCCCACAGCAGUGGUCAAGUCUAGAAAGGAGUCGGGCAGUGGGAAGGCCAGUUCCGGAUCCGCCUAUGGGUCCGCCUCUCAAGUCCCAGUCGCGGUCCCUGUGCCGGCCAUCAGUAGCUCCGCGAAAAAUAAAAGAUUUGUUGUUGAAACCAUUACCACUAUGACCACAGUGACCGAGCGCCGCAUCAUCCGGGAGGCCAACGAAGAUGUGGCGACCGCUGGUUCCGUUGCCGUUGCCGGUUCCACCCCUGCACCUGGUACUGCUCCCGCCCCGCCUGCCGUUGGAGUUGCUGUUGCCAGCGGGCCGGAGAUGCUGCCGCCCGCCCUGCCGGCCAAGGCCAGCGCCACAGCAGCAGCGGCCGCCGCAGCAGCCGCUGCCUCAGGAGUGGCAAAUGCAGCAGAGCAACAGUCCUUCGAUUCCCAGAAACCGCCACCUAUACCGCCGAAGGAGACCUCGCCCACGCAGAUCAGUGGCAUCCUCAAGGGCGGCAAGCUAUGGAAGCAGGAUUCCAUCUCCCAGCAGUCGGAUGACCAGAACAACACCACUUCGGAGGACGAGAGUGGUGCCACAAAGCGCUCGGUCCGUUUCACCGAGGAUCAGGCAAAUGCCGGCACCGAUAGCGAUGCCCAGUCCUUGGCCGGUGAUCUAGACGACAGCGAGAACCAGAUUAACGAGCUGAUCCCCAUUAAGAAGCACUCGACGCUGUUCAACAAUGCUUUGCGACCCAACUCAGCGGUGCGCCAGCUCUUCCCGAGCGUCUCGGCCCAUCAGGCGCCAGUGCUCACCUCGGAGGCAUUGAGGGCCUUCGACGAGUCCAAGCGGGCCGGCUGCCUGGUCACCCACCUGCCGGGAAGCUGUGGUGACUCAGACACGCUGCGCCGCAGCAUGGAGCGCAACAUACUGCGCCGAUCGCUGAUCAAGAAAAAGGCCGUAAAGUCAGACAUCUCGUUGGAGGAGCGCAUCAAGCAGUUGACCUGCGACAUCGACGAAGAUCUGGCCGAGGAGCUGCAGCGGGCUGUGGACGAGGACGCCGAGGCGACCGCCGAACGCGCCGAUGAGCUGGCCCAGCGGAACAGUCCCGCCGGCGAAGAGAAUCCCAAUCCAGUGCCCAAUUCCGGUUCACUGGCCCACAAGUUUGUCAAUGGCGAGAAGAGCUUCUCGCCGAGCAGCUCUGUAUCCAGCUCCUCGAGCGGAUCGUCGGCCUACAAGAAAAUCGCCGACAUCUUUAACCGCGACAAGAAGCAGGAAAAGAUCAUGGAGAUGGAGGAAAAUCCCAUUGUCAUCAUACCCCAGGAGUGUCGUUGUCCGGCUGCCCCUGACUUGGGCAUGGGCAUCCAGGUGCCGGUGGUGCACACGCAGAUCCACCGCACUCCGCCCCGCCAAACGGAGCCGAAGCGUCAGUUCCUCUCCUCCACCUUGGCACCCCUGACCGCCUGUGUGGCUGGCAACAAGGACGACCUCUCCUCCUACUACACAUUGGCCGCGGCAGCCGCCGCUCAUCCGCAUGCCCAUGGCCACGCCCACACGCAUGCACAUGCCGCCCACUACGCCGCCGCUGCGGCCGCUGAUUUCAAUAUGGGCCAGCUACUGGGAGCGGCUGCAGCCGCCGCCGCCUCUGGAGAUCCAGCUGCCCAGCAUGCAGCUGCGAUGGCAGCUCAGGGCUUGGCCCAGGGAUUGGCCGCCGCUGGAGGAGGAGCAGGAGCAGGACUUACUGGAGAAGAUGCGCGCAAGGUGGCGCCAGAUGUGAUUGCCGGCACACCGGGCCAGGAGGCCGCCGGGCGGCAGGAGCAGGACGAACUGGCCGCCUUUGCCCAGGCGGACGCCAAGCGCACGGAGCAGCUCAAGAAGCGGUACACGGGAGCGGGCUCAGAGCCCAGCCAAUCGCAGGCCAGCAGCGAUGAUGACGAGCAGAACGACUAUGGCUUCAACAAGCGUCCCUCGGUGCGCGGCAUCAAGCCCAAGUUCAGUUCGACCAACGAGAUCCUGGCCCAGAUGCAGGAGCAGCUGACGGCGGCGAUACCCACGGUGGUCAACAGCCAGCCGGUGCAGCAUGCGGUCAAGGGUUAUGCCAUGCCCAAUACGCUCAAGCAGAAUCCCUCGCCGCAGAAUGUGCCACAGAAUUUGCAGCAACAGCAGCAGCAGCAACAACAGCAGCAGCAGCAGCAGGCCCACCAGCAACAUCAGCAGCAGUUGCAGCAACAGAUGGCCGCCGCCAUGCAGAAGACGGAGCAGCGGACGUGGAGCUUCUACAGCGAGACCGGCGAGCAGCAGCGCUUCCCCAUGGACGCGGCCGCCAUCCAGCAGACCUACUACCAGACCCUGCCCGCCGGCACCAUGUUCCGCCAGACGAUGAUCCAGCAGGGCGCCACGGCUGCCGGCGGUGCCGAUGAUGCAUCGCUGCUGUAUGCCGCCGCUGCCGCUGCCCAGAAUUGCCAGAGUGUCACCGCCACGGCCACCGCCACCGCCACGGCCACGGCCAUCGAGCAGAGCAAGCACAGCAGCUACAGCAGCCACUUCGCCCGCAGCCCCACCCGGCGGCCGGAGUCGCCGCCGCCGCUGCGCAACUACCACCAGACCAUGGUCCUCAUCCCGUACAACGCGGAGACCUACUCCCAGUUCGCGACCAGCAACAGCGGCGACCCCAAGCUGGCGCAUAUCCAGCGCCAGAACAUCCUCGAGUACCAACAGGUUACCCAGCAGACGAUUCGUGUGCCCAUUGGCUACGCCCUGCCCGGCAUGCAGUUGCACGUGGUCAGUGGGCGCGGCCAUGCCGCCCACUACGCCCAGCACCAGCAGCAACACCAGCAACAGCAGCAGCAGCAACAGCAGCAACAACAGCAGCAGCAGCAGCGCCUGAUGCAGGGACACUAUCAGUUUGGACCCGAGGGCGGGAUGCCAGGAUUCAGUGAGCGCGGAGUGCCCGAAGGAGCGGCCGCCGUCUCACACAGCGACUGCAAUGCCAUGGUAUCGCCGACGUCGGCGGCCGCAGCAGCGGCGGUGCAGCAGCAACAGCAACAUCAGCAGCAGCAACAGCAGCAGCAACACGCCGCCGGAGGAGUGGGCGUGGGCGCCCAGGCACAGGGAUCCGUGUACUAUGCGAUGAACGUAUGACCCGCGCUCGAAUAGUCGCUGCCAGCGGCGGUCAUUGUCGAGCGCCGCCAGUGUCAACUUGUCGAAAUGUCAGCGACUUCAGUGCAUUUGGGGGGCGGCGGCAUGGGCGGCAGAUGAGCGCCCGCCCCGCCCAGUUGCGAGUUUGAGUCCACGUCCUCGUCCUCGAGUUCCCAUGAGUCCCAUCCGCUGAUUUGAGUUGCCCCUCAGUUGACCCUAGCGAGCGUUUUUCCAUCAGUUCGAUCUUCCGUUUAGGCAGUGUAUCUGUUUCCGCAUCAGUAUCAGUAUCUUUAUCCGUAUCCGUAUCCGUGUUGUCUGUAUCUGUGUGUCACAAAUACUCGAAUAUGUCAGUGUCACAGAAAUCACUUGUGGUAUAGAGUAUUCAAAGUCUUAUUGAUAUGAUUUACGGCAUACUUUUUAAGUGAUUUGUGGGGCACCCCCAUUAAAGAUAGGGAUACACCCAUCUCAAGUUCUAUGUAAACGGUGCAGCAUCGGCCUUGUUAUGACGCUGCAACGUUUGCAGCUCGAUUUACGAACAAUCCAAAGUGUUUCACUCAACGUUAUGCAAUACUCCAAAAAGUAAUCUUUAAGUUGAGCCCUGCCCUGGAGGAUUUUAUUUUAUAGUUAUUAAAUGUUUACGUAUUUAGUCAAGUGCGGUGAAGAGAGAGAGAGAGAUGAAAAUCUAAACCAAAAUACAACCAAAUCACAUGAAUUUAUUUCGAGCAUAUACAUAAAUGCUGGGUGCUAGUAAUGCAACAACAAGAACAACAACAAACACAACAAAAACCAAGAAGAAAUGAAUUAAGCUAUGAAAGUAUAUUUAACAAAGUUAAACAUAAAGCAAAGAUAUGUAAUACUAUUUUUUUUAAUUACUUUUUUUUAGCUGUUAGCCAAGAGAACAGAGUUUUGCUCAAUGGAAAGUGCAUUUGAUUUCGAACGCAUCUAUAUAAAAACAUACAUUAUUAAAUAUCUACAUAUGCGAAUGCUAAACUAAAUUAUACAUAAUUAAAUUAUAUUGAAUUGAAUUGAUAUUAAAAAAUAUUUCCAAUGUAGUGCAAUUUGUUGCUAACUCCAAAAGCUCUCUUAUCAAAGAGUAUUAUAUUAAAGCAAAUAUAUAUAUAUAAAUAUAUAUUUUAUGAGUAUCGAAAAUUAUAGGAAUAUUUUUAGGCUUAGGCUUUAUUUGUAUGGAAUUUAAUUUAAAUUAAUUUAUUUGUUCUUUAUGUACAAUAAAUUUACAAUUUACAACAAUGUUUUAAUUUUUACGCUUAAGAAAUGUACCGUCAUGUAUGUACAAUCUAUGGGCGAACAAAUCUAAAUGUACGUAUGUAUGUUUUGUAUGCUACAGUUUGUUUGGGUUUCAUUUUGUAGAUCGAUCAGCCUGCAUCGCAUUCCGCAUCUUCCACAUUCCAGACCUAACGAGAUGUAACUGAAAUGCAACCCUGGGUGAUUUCAAGGCAAAGGUGCCCGGAAGUAUGCAUUAGAGUUUUUACUGCAUACUUUCGGGCAGUCAAACGUGUUGUUUUCCAAUCUCCAGACAUUUCUAAACAUCUCCAAUCGCCUUUCUCCCGAAGUGAGAGCAUCAGUGCCAAAAGCUUGCCUCCCAGAACCUCUCUCAAUCAUCCCAUACCUUCCAGUCAUUCCAUCUAGUUGAUAAAGAUACCAUAUAAAUCGUGCAAUCAUAAGAAAAAUGUUAGAAGUUACACAGAACUCAUGUUGAUCUGGAGAUGAUAUCGCAUCUCUUCGAUUUAUAAAUUUACACACUGAAACAUACGCAUAGAUGUAAGUGCAUUUAUGCACACUCCCCGCAUGCGAAACAUUAAGAUGAUAUACUGACAUAUAUAGCGUAUGAAUAUUGUAUUUCGAUUCAGAUAUUGUGUUAAUGUCUAUAACGAACAUAUUGAAACUAUUGAAAGCAAACACGAAUUAAGAAGUGCAAUACUGUUAACGAGAGUAUUUCCGCUGACCGGAAACGGAAGCGAAAUAUGAACAAAAUCAAGAAGAAGACAACGCAAUUCCGUGAGAGCGUGCGAGCGAGAUAGAUAGAUGGUCGGCCAGUUAGACAGAGACGGAGAUAGCCGAUGAACAAAAGAGUGACAGAGAUAGCGCGCAUAACGAAACAACUUAGUCAUAGAUUUAAACAAAGAAAAACACAUACAUUUACACAGCGAUUAACGAUUAACUAUAAACAAUAACUAAAGCGUGGUCUUAGGUGUUCGAUAUUCAAUUUUUUUUUGUAUCCUUCCGUUUGGUUUUUCCUUUUUGCGGUUCCAAUGAGCGAUUCCGAUACUAGAAGUGACUAGAAAACGCAGCGCGAUUUGCAUAAUAUAUAAAUACAUUUAGAGCCAGAUAGCGAGCGAGAGUAAAGCGAUAAAUUAUAAAUAAAUAUAUGUAUAUAUAUACAUACAGGCAUACAUAUAUAUACAUGGAUAUAUACUAGAUGUUUAUGUAAUACAUAAAUGGCAUUGAACGAUUUCCAAGCACAUUGCAAAAGCCCGCAAAAUUCAAAAUCGCAUGAAAUUCCCCCCCGUACUCGUUUGUGUUCCACCAGAUUCCCAGAUGUAACUCGAUUUUUUCUAUGCAAAAGUAGUUGAAAAAGAUACAAUUAAAAGCCGAUAUAGAUAUAUUUAGACACCUACAUCGAUAGUAUCCUAUUCGAAUGAUUUAUUUGAGAUCUUGAGUUGCGAUUUUGGACAUGCAGAGAGUUAAGAGAGAACAACAACAGAAAAGGUGUAUGAAAUAGUAUAAAUAAGAUCGGAUAUUAGUGCCCCGACACUACCAUAUUUAGUAUGUAUUCGGGGCAGCCAACAACAAAUCCAAGUAAAACAAAAAACAUACAAAAACCAAAAAUAAGAACAACCAAGACGAUGUAAGCGACGGUUCGAAGUGAGAAUUGAUGCGAACGGCACAAGUAUAUAACAAAUUUCAACAAGUAUAUGACUGAGCCAAUGACUCAAAAAUAAAUUUUAAACAAAAAGGAAAACCAGAAAUAUAUGAGAAAUACAAAAAUGAUAA